GCGGGUGCGUGCGUGAGCGUGCGUGAGCGUGCGCGCCCCCGCCGCCUGUGCCGGUGCUGCUCCCGCGCCCUCUGCCACCGCUGCCCCUGCUGCCGCCGCCGCCACCGCCGCUUUCCCCCCCCCCCCCCACGACCCUCGGGGUCCCCGAGACUCAGCCGCGGCUGAGGAAGAGCGCGUCGGCCGGCUGCCCAGCAGCGCCGCGGAGCUGAGGAGCGGAGUCGCGGAACCGGCGGGCGGGCGGGCGGGCGGACAGAUUAGCCUACCAUGGCAGACCAGAGACAGCGCUCACUCUCUACCUCUGGGGAAUCACUCUACCAUGUUCUGGGGCUGGACAAGAAUGCAACCUCAGAUGACAUUAAAAAGUCCUAUCGGAAACUUGCCUUGAAGUAUCACCCUGACAAAAACCCUGAUAACCCGGAGGCCGCAGACAAGUUCAAGGAGAUCAACAACGCCCAUGCCAUCCUGACGGACGCCACGAAGAGAAAUAUCUACGACAAGUACGGGUCGCUGGGACUGUACGUGGCCGAGCAGUUUGGGGAGGAGAACGUGAACACCUACUUCGUGCUCUCCAGCUGGUGGGCCAAGGCGCUGUUUGUCGUAUGCGGGCUCCUCACCUGCUGCUACUGCUGCUGCUGCCUCUGCUGCUGCUUCAACUGCUGCUGCGGGCGGUGCAAGCCCCGGGCCCCCGCGGGCGAGGACGCAGGCUUCUACGUGUCCCCCGAGGACCUGGAAGCACAGCUGCAGUCGGACGAGCGGGAGGCUGCAGACACGCCGAUUGUCAUACAGCCAGCAUCUGCCACAGAGACCACCCAGCUCACGGCUGACUCCCACCCCAGCUACCACACCGACGGGUUCAACUAAGUUCUGGAGCCGCUGUGAUAGAGGAUAGCUCAGCACCCGGCCACUUCACCCUUAGAAUCAUGAACUGUAGCCGCAGAGAUGGGGAGGGAGCUGCUCUGGCCAUGGAGGAAGGGCAGCCGCCAGCCCGCCGGGGCCCUUCCCACCUCUGUGCCCGCCCGCCCGUCGCCCCCCAACACGUGAAGUGCGUCGCAUGCAGUAUUUAAAGCAGUGUAGCUACGGUCCUCUUCUGUUCUCUCCUUUUUUAAUAGCAUGUCUGGGGUUCCGUCCCAUGUCUGUCUGUGUUGUGGGCGUGCUGCAGCGUGGCUGCGUGAACCAGAUGCUGAACCAGCCUCGGGGCCUUUCGCAUGGCCGCACUGACCCACCGCUAUGUGGGGUCUCCCAGCCAGGCAGGCUGGAGCCGGAAGGGUGGCUCCUUCCCCUGUGUUUGUGAGGUUCGGAGGCCAGUGCUGCCCGGCGACAGCUGUGAGGUCUGCUCCCUGCCCUGUACUCACCAGCCAUGUGGACACGGCCAGAGACCCUGGACGCAUUGCCAGGAAGGCGCUGGGCACAUCCUCCCCCCACCCAGCACCUUUCUGUGCUGUGUGUGUGUGCAGGUCUGUUUGCCUUGGUCGCUUGGCCUUGUGGCUGGGUUUUUCCCCACCGGUGAGUUUGUUGUGGAGCGUGUAGGAGGCUCUGUUGACCCCGAGACCACGUUUUCUACCUGGGUGCAGCCUGGGGCUCCCUGGCGCAUGGUCCCUUGAGCGCGCUUCCGCUUCCGGGCCAGGCUGUGGGGGCUGGUUCUUCCACACUCCCACUCUUGCCCCAGGCCACAUUCCAGCCACCUCCCCCCCCUUAGGCCACCCUGCACAUUCCUUCAGGCCCACCCGGCUGCUGGUGGGCCUUUCUGGACCUGGAAGAACAAGCGGUGGCAGUGAGCCAGUUUGUCGUCAGAAGGGCUGACUGUCCAGGUUGCUGGCGGAGCAGGGCGGAGCGGCCCCGGGAAGCACGCGUGCGGAGCGCAGCCCUCCACUCUGUGCUUCCCAGGGCUCCUGCCCACCUGCCUUCGCCUCUUCCCUUCACCACCGAUGGGUCAGGCGGCGCUAGAGACAUCAGGUUCCCAGAGGAAGCACCAGCCAGACCAAAGGCACACACCGGUGCCCUUGGCUUGUGAGCCGGCAGCCAGACUGGGCCGCCCCCUCCCCCCACUGUGUUGAGCAGCACCUUUUGUGGGCUUGGAAGCCAGUGUUGUCUGUGUCCCAGAACCUGUGGGUGGUGCGAUGCGCCCGUGCUGGCCCGGGCCUGAGAGUCGGCCCGCACCCCCGGCAGCCCUGGACGUGGAGUGCUCCCUGCUGGGCCUGCACUGGCCACGGGAGACCACAGUGGCACACGUGGGCUUGGUCUCUGUAGAACGAACCUAAUGGCUGCUGCUGAGUGUCUCUUGAAGCUGGAGUGGGGACGAAGGACGAGGGCAGUGCUCGCUCAGAUGUACCGGAGCGCGUUCCCGCCGCCUGUUCCCGCUGCCCGCCGCUUCCACUCCCUCCCCCCGCCCGCCCGCCUGGCCCCCUGAGGCCGCGCACAGAGCAGGUUCGGGUUGGCCAGGAAGUGUCUGGAAGGAUAGCAGUGUGAGGACAGCGUGGACCUGCUCAGCCAGGAGGGCCGUGUGAGGGCCCCGGGCCCGUGGGCCAGGGGUUCGAUCCCUUUUUGUUGUUUUUUUGUUCAUUAAUAAAACGAUCAUGAAGAUGUCCAACAAGAGUGAAAAUAUGCACUGUGAUUGUAAAUUAGAAAUAAUUUGCUAAAAUCUGACCUCGUGAAAUGCUAAGAAAUUCAUCAUCUGCCCUGGGACAAGGGAGGAGGUAAGACCACGGAGCCGUUCUCUGUGCGAGUUCCAGCACAGCAAUGAGAUGGAGCCUGAGAGGCAGGCUGCCGUCAGCCUUUGUGAUGUUUCUGGAAAUACUUUGUGAGCUGUUUUUCCCCCAGAAUGGCCAAGAACUAAGUUCAAAGCUCGGACUUAAGGUAGAAAGCCUGCCCUUCUGCAAUUGGCCCCACUCUGUGCUCAGAAAACCUCAGGGCCGCCACACGCGUCUGGGUGGGCCAAGUGUCCUCCAGCCACAGAACGGGGAGCUGCCCUGGGGGCCAGGGUGGCCAUUGCUGGAGGGGCGGGGCAGGGAGGUUUGUCCAGCCCAGCCUCGAGGAAUGUGUACGAUGGAUUGAAGUAAAUCAUGGCGGUGAUGACCAGAAUGAUUGCCUGGGGAGGGGGUUGUCCGGGGGGGGGGGGGUCCCCGGGACUCCCCCCGCCUGGCCCUGGCUGUGUUUACACUUGGUGGUUCAGAAGCAGAGCCCCCUUCCAGAAUCAGCUGUGCUCGUCAGCCCUGGGAGUGGUUCCCCUUUCCUGGAGUGCGAGGUUGCGGAGUCUGGAGGAGGCCGUUCACUGGCCACUUGGGGGCGACUGUCUGCCUGUUGCGCAGCAGUGAGGGCUGCUGGCUGUAGGACUGCCCCCCUUCCUCCCCCCCCAGCUGCCCCCCCCACCCCCACCUCCAAGCCACGGGUGGUCGGGUGGUCGUGUGUGGCCAGAGAGUGCUGGGCUGGUGCAGGCCGGAGCCCACCCAGUUCCACAAAGCGCGGGGCUUGCCCUGGGGCCCUGGGGCCUGGCAGCAGCAAGCACCCGAGGCUGGCAGGAAGCGCACAGGGCUCUGGGGCCUCUGGCGGCGGCUGCUGGUGUUUAUGUUCUGUUCCUGGCCCAGUGAUGUGGUCUUCUCUCGUCUUUCUCUUGUCUUCCUUUAGCUUUAUUCUUUUUCAAACUGCUUUAGAUAUUACCGCUUGGUGUGUGAGCCUUCCUAGUUCCCCGGUCAGUUGGCACCAUGGGCACCCACUAGAGAAGAAGCCAGAGUGUGCUGAGGUUAGAGCACGUGGCAUUUCCACACCCUUGGCCACCAGGCGUGGUGGCCACGAGGCUCCUGCUCAGGGAAAGGCCUGUUCCAAGAGUUCCGACUGCAGGGGGCUGUUGGGGUGAGCUCGUGCUGGAGGGGUGCCCACUGGUGCCGCCGGCUGGCCGGGAGACAGACGCGGGGCCUCCCGGCACCCAGGAGGGGUGAGACCACCAGCACGUGGGGUGGGCACCAUCUCGCAGGCCCUCACUGGAGGGGCCCUGCCCGGCCUUCCCUGGCUCGGCGUAUCCCACCAGAGGGACAGACGUGAGGGUGUGGAAGGAGCGACUGCCCUCAUUCCUUUCUCAACAUGCUGAUCUGUGAGCCCGUGUGACACAGGACCGCCCUGUUUGUUUUUGUUACUUUGGUUGUGAACCCUCCUGUGGAAUCGGCAAAAGCUACAUUUUUACUGUCCUCACAAGCACGGUUGGCAUUGUCUGUGCUGUAGGUGUGGGCAGUGGGUGUAUCUGUGUGUGUACAUAUGUGCAUAUGUAUAUAUCACGCGGCAGGUGUGACUGCUGCUGUCCAGCGGCAACCAGUACAAUAAAAGUUGGCUCCAAAACAGCCUUGGGUUUCUUGGUGAGUUGGGGUCAAGAACAGGGUCUUGGAGGCAGGCAGGCUCCUUUGCCGGGUGCGCAGAAGUGAACACCAGCCCUGUUGUGUCCCUAGGAUUUGUGUGAAUGGCCAGGUGGGGUGCCAGGGCUACUGAGGUGGACUGUCACUAGUGCCACGCCCAUCUCUGGGGGCCCACCCAUCAUGCUCACCUGACACUCCAGGUGAGUGACCCUUUGGGACAUCUAGGUGUCUGGAAAUCCUUCCCUCCCUUGAAACAUUAAAACCAGUUUUCUGAACAUCAGAUACAGUUUGUGAUGAAGUGUAUUCUAAAGGGGAUUCUGUCUUCUGCCCACAGGUCUGCUUUGGGAGGGGUCCACUGGGAAGGAGCAGGGGCCACACAGGGCCUCCCUCCGGGACACGGCGCUGGGCUCAGGGUCCCAGAGGCAGUACCUUUCAUAGAUUUUGUUUCCCUAGAAAACAGAACAAUGUUUCAAGCUAAGAGAGGGGAGGCAGUUUACCCUGAAAUAUAUAUGUAUAUAUACACUGUUUUUAAAUACUAAAUACAAAUGCGUGGAAACAGCUGUCCAUGCGCUGGUUUUGUCCUGUGGCUGGAACCCACAGAGGUGGGCAGGUGCCCCUGACCCUGGCUCCCACGUGCACCCUUGAGGGCCAGGCUGGAGGGUUAGGAUGGGUCCCGUGAUGAUCUCCAUCUCGUAUGUCUGAAUGUUGACCUUAAAAUAAAGAUAACUGUUGUAAAAUAAA